AUGAGAGGCGGAGAUGUGAUUGGAGCAGUGCCUCUGGACGAAGGCCAUGAUUUCGGCAAGCGAGGUUGGGGAGGCUGCAGCUGCGAUGCCACGCGGCUCGGGGCAGGAGAGAGCGCGCGCCGCACAGCGCGAGAGGGUCCAGCAGGUGCGACGCUGGAUGCAGUACGACAAGGAGGAGCAGAGCAAGGGCACCAAGAAAAAGUCCAGGCGGCUCGGCCAAGAAGGCGAAGAAGGGCGGCAAAAAAGGGCAGGGACGGAGGGCAGCAGCUCGGCCUGCGCUUCACGCCCAGCGUCACCCUCCUGGAGGCGGCCGCCCGGAACGACGUCGAGGAAGUGCGUUCUUUGCUGCGGAGCGGAGUCAGCCCCGACCUGUGUAACGAGGAUGGAUUAACGGCCCUGCAUCAGUGCUGCAUCGAUGACUACUCCGAGGUGGUUGCGCUGCUGCUGGCGCACCGGGCGAACGUGAACCCCCGCGACUCGGAGGGCUGGACCCCGCUGCACGCAGCCGCCGCCUGCGGGAACCUUCCCCUCGUGCAGCAGCUGCUCGGCCAUGGGGCCGAUCUGCUGGCGGUGAACGUGGAUGGAGACAUGCCCUAUGAUAUUUGCGAAGAGCCAGACACCCUGGAACACAUUGAAGGUGCCAUGGCCGCCAAAGGCAUCACGCAGGAGACCAUCGACGACACGCGCUCAGCCGUCGAGAGGCACCUCAUGGAGGACGUGCGGAGGGCGAUCGCCAACGGCGACAGCCUGGAGCACCGCGACGCGCAGGGCGCCACGCUGCUGCACGUGGCGGCGGCUCACGGCUGCUCGCGAGUGGCCGAGCUGCUGCUGGAGCAGGGAAUGAGCCCGGACGCACGCGACGAGGACGGCUGGGAGCCGCUGCACGCCGCCGCCUACUGGGGCCAGAUGCAAGUUGCUGAGGUCUUGGUUUGUCACGGCGCCAACCUGAAAGGGAAAACCAACCUGGAAGAGACGGCCCUGGACCUGUGCGAGAACGACGAGAUGAGGAAGCAGCUGCUGGAGAUGAAGACGCGCCGGGAGAACAUUCUCCGCACGCAGGGAAAGCCGCGCGCCUCCCUGCAGCGACGCACCUCCAGUGUCAGCAGCCGAGGGAAGCUGGAGAGAAAGGCGAGUCUGGGCGAGCGAACGAGCCUCUACCGCAAGGAGCACCAGGACGAGGCCAAGCUGUGGCAGGAGCGGCAGGACAUGACGGAGGAGGGCGACCAGGAGAACCGCGACCCUAAUGUCACGAGGGAAUCUCCGAACAAGAGAGACUCCCGAGCGACGGCGGAGUCUCCCGCGCGGCCCGAGACGAACGGCAAGCGCCCAUCGUCCGCCCCGCAGGACAAGGCCCGAAAGCGUGACUCCGUCUCCAGCGUGACUUCGCCCGAAAGGGCCGCCAGCGCCACCGCGGACGGAGAGAGAGCGCGACGCGGCGACGCCUCCACCGACCUCGCCGCCGCCGCCGCCACGGCCAAACCCUUGAGCUCGAAAGCCGCGCUGUACAAGGAGGUCACCCGGACGCGCACCUCAUCGCAGGAGCCGAAGAGAGAACCGCGCGGUAAACUGGAGAGGGCGGCCACCGCCGGGGCGAUCGCGGUGACGGCACCGGCGGACGCGCGCGCUCCUCCCGCGUCCGUGGAGCAGCGCUCGUUGUCCGUGGGCACCGGCGAGGCGGGCGCCAGGGGUCAGAGGGGGGGCGCGGGGUCGAGGGGGCCCAGGGAGCCGUCGCGUGAGAGGGACGCGGGCCGGGACGCCGGCCGGGACGCCGGCAGGGACACGAACAGGGACAGCCAGACGCUGAGCGAACUGAAGCGCGAUCGCGUCAAGGACCGUCUCAAGCACCAGCUCGCCGUGGACAUUCCCACCGACGAGGAGGACGAGGAGACGGAGGGAAGGAAGAAGAGGCCCGCCGGCAAGGAGAGGGAGCGAGAGCGCGACGGGCCGAGGCAGCGCACCGUCAACGGGCAGUCGAGGGAAGCGUCGGCCGUCUCUUACGACGGGAGCAACAGUGCCAAGAAGCCGCAAGUGAAGCGGACAAACAGCACGUUUGCGGGGAAGUCGAACAGCUGCUGCGUGGUGAUGUAGCGGCCGCGGGUCGCGGCGCGGCUCACGGCGCGACGGGAUUUCUGCACCGGGAGCAAGCGGGGAGGGCGACGGGACCUCUCCGUUUGGCGUUUUGCACUCGCGGCUGGCGGGUUUUUUUGCGGCGGUCGAAACGGGAGCGUGUGCGCGCGAAGGAAGGUGCGAGCGAGAGAGAAAGAAAAAAAACGAACAAACGUUCACCGGGGUCGGGGUUCCUAGUGCACAGCGCCGGUGGGGCGCGAAAUCUCCCACCCCCCUCCAGGAGGUGGUGCAUGUACAUGUCAGACGAGACGAAUGUGUACCGGUCGUGCACGAUGAGGGGGAACCUGUUACCGGAUUCCGGCCAAAUUGACGAGAGCUCCACCGUCGCUGGAAUUGUGCCGAUUUUUUGCCGAGAGGAAAUGGCACAGCCUCCUUUCCCCCACCCCUGUUUGGUUCGUCAAAAAACGAAUUACAAAAAAAACUAAUAUUAUUCCUUGCAUCCCCAGGGGUAGAGAUUUUGAAAAUUGGCAAUCGAUGAGGAUUUGUGUUGUCUCUACACUGCCGUUUUUGCUCGUGUAUUAUAAUUGUAUUUUAACAAGCACGUAUUCAUUUUUAUAAAAACAAUCAGGACCAAAGCCUAUUAAAUGUAAUAUAUAUAUACGACAAAGCUCUAAUUUGUUGUGGAUAUUGAUUUUUGUCUUUUUUUUUUAAGUUGUCAAGUCCGCUUGUAUCAAAUGCUGUAGGUGACUGAACAGUGUUUGGCAUGUGUUAUCUCUCUUGAGACAUCUAAGAUAGAAUCGGUGAAAUCCCACCGUAUCGAAGGACCGUGAGAUAUCCGUUCCUUUUCUUUUCGGUCGCAAGAAAAAGGCUCCCCUCGUUCGGCUGACAUCGUCGACCGAGUUUGCCUUCUUUACUGGCCUUUGAAGUUGGAUUCUGUUUCGCAAUCAUUUUCAAUUGAAACCCCUUUAUGAUUGUGUGAAAUUGGCCGUUUUUUGAUAUAUAUUAUUUUCCUGCCAAGACCGAGAGAGGCGUUGGAUGAACGAGUGAAGUUGGGGGGGGGGGGGGUGAGGCAGGGUCAUAGAUCUGUUUGUCUUAAGGCUUAAAACUUUUUCGAAAUGGAACCAAUUUUCGGGUCGCUUAGAUCGUGCAAGUUUUCUUUUUUUUGGUUCAUAAUCGACGAUGCUGCUGCUGCUGGGGGACGUGCGAUUUUUUACCCCCCAAAACGUGUUCCCAAAUUGACUUACCUCAUCUGCCAUAGUGGAUUAGAUUAAGAUAAAAAAAAAGAAUGAUAAAAAAAACCCAUUGGCUGUAGGAGCUCGCUUUUGUGCACACCACCCCUUUCAUACAAGCUUAUAAAGCACGGCACUAAAUAGUAACGCAAGUACAUAAGCAGCUCGUAAAUAAUAAAACCAACAUAAACUUGUUUGUGCCGUCAAGCCAAUUUGUUUGAAUAAAACAUUUCACGCAUAACAUGUGAAGGUACCGCUACCGGAAAGGGCCUCCAACAGAAGGGGUUCUAGUGAGCCUCUCCAGAGGGCAUUUGGCCUACUCUUCCACACUGGCCAAACGCCUUGGGGGAGAGGAUGAGUUCUCCUACACUUCACGUCACCUCACGUGACCCCCCGGUCGACUGCGGUGCAACCGCCGACCUCUGAACUGCAAGUCUAGUGCGCUGGACCACAACGACGCGGCAGUAUCGUAAAGAAAACGUAUUUGAGAUGUACGUUAUAACUCUUGUUACACUUCAGAUGACACCGUGUGUAAUGUAAACGUGUAAAUUGCGUUUUAUUUUGGAUCGGUUGGAAUAGCGCUUGUCUCCCGCGUGCUGUUUUUCCUUGCUUGCCGCAAUGACCUGAAACCCAUCUCCUGGGAUUGUGUUUUUUUUUGUUCAGUCACAAAGUGGCUCCGUGUUCCCUUGGCUUUACAAAUGUGCCACAGCGGUUUUGUACGCGAAGAAUGCUUUUGUUUUACUCGCCUCGAAUAGACGGAGGGAAAAAAAUGUAGAAGGAAAAGCGGGGCGACUUUCUUCCAAAGAACUUCACAAUUGUUUGAUUGCACAAUUGCGUACACCUUAACGUAAUUGCACGCUAUGUGCUCGCACCAAAUGUACAGAAUCUAUAUUAUGAAUGAUUGUCCGUUUAUUAUAUCUGUGAAACCAACAUUCCUCUAUAACCAUCUGUAUUAUCAGGUGUCUUGAUCUAUCCACAGCUGGAUGAAAGCCUCUUUAACCCUUCUCCAUUGCCUGCCCCAUGUUUUGCCUCGCCGGGAAUUCGAACGGGCAACCUUCGUCGCGCUACGGCGACAUCCGUGAGAAUUUUUUCUCGGGUAAAAAUAAAAAUGAACGAAAAAGAUGUCUCACCGGGUACAAAUCGCAGCAUUUAAAUCCAUCCAUCGGCCUAUGUGCCUUUUGCGUCAAAUGUUUUCUGGUAGCAUUUGUUCAACGUAACAAUUCCAAAUUUCCCGAUCCUCCGAUUAGCAUGGUUGGCUACGUAUGGUGCGAAAGAAAUUCGACAUACGUAGGUACACACUUUGUGUAGCGUUCAAAUGCAAUUGACGUUCGCAAGAUGUUUCACGAAAUAAUUAAGGGUAGAAAUGGGUCUGCCGUUGAUCAAGUUUGAACAACCCCCGGGAGAGAGGAGUGAGAGCAACUCCCAAGGCACACAGGCAUGGGACCCAAGAGCCACGGAGACAGCUGGGGCAGUACCAACCAAUCCCCGUAGUCCGUGGGGCCUGAGCAGUAGUUGCUGCUGUUUUUAUUUGACCAGGUAAGGCCCACUGAGCUGUACAGCUCUUUUUCAAAUGCGCCCUGGCUGUCACUAAUGAUGGCUCAACGAAGUGGCUUAUCGUGUAAAAAAAUUUACAGCAGCCUAAUAUCCUGAUUUGAAGCUUUCGUGACUGCAGGAAUCCAUACUCUUUGGUUCUUUCGGUAAAGUCACGUGGGUAGAAAAAUAAAAUGAAAAAUAAUACAUCACGACGUUUCGACCGCAACACAAGCGGCCGUCCUCAGGCGGAAAAAAUAAUAAUCCAGCAGUGAAACUGCUGAAUCAGCGAGAGAGCUGUUACAACAAGACGUUAUAUAUAUAUUUUCCGACUGAGGAUGACCGCUUGUGUUGCAGUCGAAACGUCGUGAUUUCUUAUUUUAUUUUUCUACCUACGUGACUUUACCGAUAGAACCAAACAGUAAGCAGCCUAAUACUCUAAACGCACGUUGAUUAUAAAUGCAGAGGGAAACCCCAUAGCACCCGGGGAAAAAUCCACGCCACCACGGGGAGAACAUUCCAAAUAUACAGCAGGCGUCAGGGUAGAGAACGAACCCACAACCUCCUCCAUACCAGGCGAGGCAGUUAACAUCUCUCCAUGACUUUACUUGUACCGGUGCAUUUAUACGGCUAAUGCGAGUCGAUUCUUUGUUAUACCACUCAUUUCAAAUGAUCAUCACGUAAUUAACUGUUACUGGAACCACGAAGGUGAUGCCAACUUCAAGUGGCUCUGACAAGUGACAUAUAUGGUCUUGGACUCAUGAACUACAGCGCAUUCAUAGCAGGCGAGGGGAUCGAAGAGACAUCCUUUCAAGGCUACAUAGUUCUCUGAUGAAACAAAUUGACAGUAUGCUGGAUAACAGACCAGAAAGCCUGAUAGUUCCAUAGUCUGAAGUGUAUUUUGAGUUUCUAUUUGUCAGGGUGAAAAUGUAUCCGUCGAAUACUUCUCAUUACGCACGGGGCUAAAUCGUGUCAAUUCAUCAGCCGUGGUCCAUCCACUGCUGGAUGAAAGCCUCCCCAUACUCUUUACUCUUUGGUUUUUUCGGUAUAGUCACGUAGGUAAAAAAUUAUAUUAAAUUAAAUCAUGACGUUUCGGAGGCAACACAAGCUUCCGUCUUCAUGUGACUUUUUGUCUCGUUGUCUGUUAAAAACUCUAAAAGAUAAGUGAAAAUCCUACCCGUAGAGGGCAUUAAUUCUAGAUUUGAAGUUUUCGUGACUGCAAGGAUUCAUACUCUUUGGUUUUUUCGGUAAAGUCACGUAGGUAAAAAUUUAAACAAAUUAAAUCACGUUUCGGAGGCAACACAAGCGUCCGUCUUCAUGUGACUUCUUGUCUCGUCUGUCUAUUAAAAACUCUAACAGAUAAGUGAAAAUCCUCCCCAAUCUACCACCAGCCUCUCACGAUCCUACGACGUUAUAAUGGACCUGCACACGGGCAGCUUUGGUUGCUGCAUCUCCACUCCGAAGGACCCCUCUCAAGCGAGUUCCAUUCCUUGUUAAAUGAUUGUCCAUCUGACGCACAGCGUAGUAGCGUGUAUGUGUGUGUGUACACGCUAUAUAUACACGCACACCGUACCGUGUGUCAAUCGUGCCCGUGUGUGCACUAUACCUCUACCGUACGGUCUGGCAAUUUAUUUUUUAUCUGCAAGAACAUGCCUGUAGCAAAUGAGUCACGUUUCCUUUGAGCAACGCCACGGUCGUUUUUUUCUCUUUUCCAAGUGUGAAAUGAAAUGCAAUCAAGCUCGCAUUAACCCAUUACCGUCUGGAUAUUAAUGCGUCGGUGCUGCUUGGGGCUUCGCGUUUAAAAAUUGUCCCGUGGGUCCGUUUCAAUUUCCACGCCUCUCCAGAUCGGCGUUUCUCAAACGUGUUCGGGCCGCGGACCGUUCGGCCGAUGCAAACAUUUCCGCGGGCACACAACCCUGCCGCCGCACCCCCCUUGGUGACAAGAUACAUUCACUUAUCUCUUAAAAUACCAGGAAUACGACAAUUGUUCAUAUAUAUUGGAAAAUAAAAAAAAAUUUGUAAAGGCAA